CUCUACUCUGGCUGCAUCAGUACACGUGGCAUGCAGAUACAUGUGUGUCCUACAGGCGGCGACAGAACGAACUGCAGUGCAUUAUGGGGCGGAGAUGGCAUUCUAGUACACAGACAGACGACGGCAAAGCAAGGCUAGUGCGAGACCUGUAACACUCCUGCGAGCGGACAUAGAUAUCGAUUAAAAGCACACAAACAAGCCAAGGUGUCCUGCAGACGGGAAUCGGCUCUCGGAUUUUGGUGAUAUGGCCCAAAAUGAUUUGAUGAGCAACGCGGAGGACGUGGCGGAUCAGUUCCUUCGAGUGACGAAGCAGUACCUGCCCCACAUAGCGCGUCUGUGUCUGAUUAGCACGUUCUUGGAGGACGGCAUUCGCAUGUGGUUCCAGUGGAGUGAGCAGAAAGAAUAUAUUGAGACGACUUGGGGAUGUGGCUUCUUCCUGGCCACACUGUUUGUUUUAAUCAACUUACUCGGACAGCUGGGUGGUUGUAUACUGAUCCUGAGCAGGAAUUUUGUGCAGUAUGCCUGCUUUGGAUUAUUUGGACUCAUCGCCUUACAGACUGUUGCCUAUAGCAUUCUCUGGGACCCAAAGUUUUUGAUGAGGAAUUUGGCUCUGGGGGGAGGUCUGCUGCUGCUGCUUGCGGAGUCGCGCUCUGAGGGCAGGAGUAUGUUUGCUGGGGUUCCCACUAUGAGAGAGAGCUCUCCUAAACAGUACAUGCAGCUGGGUGGCAGAGUCCUGCUAGUGCUUAUGUUUAUGACGCUGCUGCACUUUGAUACAAGCUUCCUCUCGAUCUUGCAGAACCUGGUGGGUACAGCACUUAUUGUUCUGGUAGCAAUCGGUUUCAAGACUAAACUAGCCGCCCUAACCCUGGUCAUCUGGCUGCUGGCGAUCAACGUGUACUUCAACGCUUUCUGGACCAUACCAGCCUACAAGCCCAUGCACGACUUCCUCAAGUACGACUUCUUCCAGACCACGUCGGUGAUCGGAGGCCUUCUGCUGGUAGUAGCACUAGGUCCAGGCGGAGUGUCCAUGGAUGAGAAGAAGAAAGAGUGGUGAGACAGGACUGAACUCAAACGGCUCACUCGCUCACUCAGUAGUUUGCCCUUUGGCAACAGCUUUCUCACAGAGCAGGUACACUACUUAGGGAGGAAAGAGCCAAUUGAGACGUGGCCUCACAAACACCCCAGGACCAACAGAACGACCCGCUCUCCACAUCAUGCACUGUCUUGUGUGUUCAUCUUGCGUGCUUACUGAAUUAUUUUCACCAGCACUUUUAGACAUAUUAGUUUAUCAUAUUUAUUUUCUAAGGUUCGGGUCAGAUUCUGUUAUUUGAGAACCUCAUUGAAAAUCUGAAGCAUCCGUGUUAUAAAAGCUGCAAUCAUGUUGAAAAAAUAACAAAUUUAUCUCCUUUGACAUCUUUCUCUGCCUUUUUAUUUUGGUGCCAAUUGCAAGUCAGCAAACCAAAGACACAUCCUUCAGAUAUAUAUAUAUAUAUAUAUAUAUAUAAAUCUUUCUUCUUUU